AUGCACAAUAACCAAGUUUAUAUUGAAGGUUUGAUAGUAAAUGAUAGGACACGUAAAUGUUGGCAUCGUCGUUGGGUCAAGAUCGUUUGCAUUGUUCUAAUCACUUUCCUGAUUCUAGCAAUCAUUAGUUUCUCUCUAGUAGUAGGACUCGUCAUCCUAGCACCGAACAAAGCUGAAACGACUACUAUCUCAAUAGUGGCAGAGACAUUAACAACUGCAGCAUUAGUACCUUCAACGACCAUCACAUCGAUAACAGAAUUGAUAACAGCGAAUGCCACACUAGAUCUUCAAUCAAUAAUGUCAAUCUCGACAAUAAUGUCGACGACACUGCAAUCAACGACGGAAACCUCAGUAAUGACAUCGACAGAAUCACAAACAACAGACAUGCAAACAUCAACAGUAAAAAUUACAACCACUUUAAAACAAUCAGGCAAAAUUCAACAAAGAUUUCAAUACUUUCUUUUAGAAUGGUCUUAUACUGCUCGUAUGAACCAGGGACGACAGGAACACACGACAUCAAUAUUACCUGAUGGCAGAGUACUAGUUAUUGGCGGAUCCAAUCGUGCUACGGUUCUACGUAGCGUCGAGUUGUACGAUCCGUCAAGUGAAAUUUGGAUGGUCACUAGAAAUAUGAAUAGUGCUCGACAAAACCAUGCAGCAUCCAUACUGAACGAUGGCAAAGUUUUGGUCACUGGAGGUCAAGAUGGCAACCCACUGAACAGUGUUGAGCUGUACGAUCCAACCACUGGAGCUUGGACAAUAGUGGCAAAUAUGGCUUAUGCACGAUCUUUGCACACGUCGACACUAUUAGCAAACGGGAAAGUCUUGGUUACUGGAGGUUGGGAUGGGAGCGAUGUUCUGAACAGUACGGAACUAUAUGAUCCAUUAACGAACACUUGGACUAUUAGAAGCACUAUGAAUGAUGCACGACAUAGUCACACAAUAUCGACGUUAUCUAAUGGGAAAAUGUUGGUCGUUGGCGGGAAAGGCAUAGAUGCUUUAAAUACAGCUGAAGUAUACGACCCAUCAAGUGAAAUUUGGACAAAUACUAAUCGCAUGAAUUAUGCGCGAUAUUUUCAUACGGCAUCCUUAUUAGCAGAUGGGAAAAUACUUGUUGUUGCUGGAUGGAAUGGUUUUCAACUAUUUGAUAGUGUUGAGUUAUAUGAUCCGACAACAGGGAUUUGGUCAAAUACUGGAAGUUUGAAUAUUAGACGGCAGUAUUCUACAACAUCCCUAUUAACGAAUGGAAAAGUACUGGUCACCGGUGGAUAUACUGGAUACAUGCUUGAUAGUGCAGAACUGUAUGAUCCAUCCACAGGAAUAUGGGCAUACGUCGAUCAUAUGAACGAAGCACGAAUUUUUCAUGCAGCGUGUAUAUUAAAUGAUGGAAGAGUACUCAUUACUGGUGGAUACGGCAACGUCCAAUCUUUGAACACUGUAGAACUAUUUAAACUAUGA